CCAAUUAAAGAGGGUGUGGCCUAGGACUAAAGAUGGCCUCCCUGUGCUGUAGAUGCUACAGUUUUAUAAGAAGCGGGAAGCUGCCAAAUCCUUACUUUGUAAAUAAGAGAUUAAUAUCAGCUUUAAUCAGGAACAAAAAAGCUCACAAUAAUAAUUAUUUAACAAGGCUUGCUAGCACAGGAGGCUCUACAGGAAAUAAUAAUAAUAAUAGUAAUAAUAAUAAUAAUAAUAAUAAAGAUACGUAUAAUGGAUUUUACUGGAGGAAUACGUUCAUUACUGGACAAAGAGCAAUGACAGACUACCUACUGGAGAUAGAGGAUUUAGAAGGUUUGUCUCAAAGGACCUUUAGAAAUGCCGACGAGAGUGGGCCCCAGCUGGUCAACUGCUACUUAAAAUCUGACGUGGAAAAAAGGGCGCUUGAGGUCUGGGGUAGUUGGGGUCUCCUUGAGAAGGCUCUUGACAUUAGACGAAGACAAGCUAAAGAGGAGGACAGGAGAAGAGAAGGAUUAAAUGCAUUAAUUGCGCUACUAAAGAAAGUCAAGAAAGAAUCGACAAGAAAACACGUGGAGACUGAAGUGUAUGGUGAUCCACAGAAGAGGGUGGAGCUACUUCAAGGAUCAGCAAGAGUUGUAUUUUAUGCCAUCGCAAGUAAUACUGUGGUGAUGAUUAUUAAACUAUUGUCAUAUCUAUAUACUGGAUCAGCAUCAAUGCUCUCUGAAGCAAUCCACUCACUGGUUGAUGUCCUUAAUCAAUGUUUAUUAGCUUUUGGUAUCACUCAGUCCAUCAGAAAGCCAGACCUGUCCCACCCGUAUGGAUUCUCUCGUGCGAGAUAUGUCUACUCACUGAUCAGUGGCAUUGGUAUAUUCUUCCUUGGAUGUGGUGUCACUGUCUAUCACGGGAUCAACAGCAUCAUGUACCCGCCCAUUCUGUCUCAUCUACCAGCUGCCUUUGUGGUACUUGCUGGUUCAUUGCUUGUUGAAGGAGCUACACUGAUAGCAGCCAUUAGACAGGUACAGAUCAGUGCAGCUGAAACUAAAAUGAGCUUCAAAGACUUUGUAUUACGAGGAAGGGACCCUACUACAGUCUCAGUCCUGCUGGAGGACAGUGUGGCGGUGGGUGGGGUCCUCAUAGCAGCUGCCUGCCUCUGGUUGACCCACUCCACUGGCAAUGCUCUCUAUGACUCUAUAGGAUCUCUCUCUAUUGGAGGAUUGUUAGGAUUGGCAGCAUUGUUUCUGAUACAGAGGAAUACCAGUGCUUUAGUUGGAAGGUCAAUACCUAGCAAUGAUCUGAAGAGGCUAACUGAUUUAUUGGAAGGAGACAUCAUCAUUAGAUCAAUUCAUGAUGUUAAAGCCACUGAUUUAGGUCCUGACUCCGUUCGGUUCAAAGCUGAAGUUAAUUUUGACGGGCGAGAGGUGACGAGACUUCACUUACAGAAACUGGACCUUGAGAGGAUUCUAAAAGAUAUACAGGGUUACACUACAGUGACUGAGCUUGAAAGGUUUCUGCUGGAACAUGGCGAACAGGUAGUUGAUAAAUUAGGGUCUGAAGUUGACAGAAUUGAAAUGAAACUUAAAAAAGAUAAUCCUGAGAUAAGACACGUUGAUUUAGAAAUUCUUUAAAAACUUAAUCAAUCACACACACACACCCAUCAGUCU